GUGUCGAUACUACUUCAUGCUCAUCUGAACAUAAAAUUAAAUGGCACAGAUAAGUUAAAUCUGUAAUCAUGCACCUAGAAGAGAGAAGUAUAACCAGUUUCAUUCAGAAGUAGUAAGUGGUGGUAUGGUGGCAUACAAAAGGAGACUCCCACCUGGGUGUGCAAAAAUGGCAGAAGGAGCUAAUGAUGCAAUUGCAUCGGCAGAUAAUGACAAAUUGAAGCAGACAACUAAAUUUACUCAUGAUUGGUAUCAGACAGAGACACAUGUUGUUGUUGCAAUAUUGUUCAAAAACACAAAGUUUGAGUCUAAAUCUGUGAAAGUAGAGUAUGGUGAACGAAUGCUUAGUGUCACAGCAAAACUUGAAAAUGGCGCAGAUUACAAUAUGGAGUUGGAUUUGGCACAUUCAAUUGUGCCAACUCAGUCAACACACAAAACCUACACAAUGAAAAUAGAGAUAAAAAUGAAGAAGGCGGCAGAUAUCCGUUGGUCAGCGUUGCAAGGGCAGCCACAAUACCCAGAGGCAGCAGUGGCCCCUAUUCCUGCAGCAAUAUUGAGCGCUGGUCCGCCAAAAUAUCCCAGCUCAGCCCCAAAAUCAAAGGACUGGGAUCAAGUUGCUAAAGAACUGGAUGACAAUGAGAAACCUGAAGGAGAAGCUGCGCUGAAUGCCCUCUUCCAAAAAAUCUAUGAACAGGGUUCGGAUGAAGUCAGGCGAGCUAUGAACAAGUCGUUUCAAGAAUCUGGUGGCACUGUUCUCAGUACGAAUUGGGGAGAAGUGGCAAAAGAGAAGGUGGAAGUAAGGGCUCCUGAUGGGCUGGAGUGGCGGAAGUGGGAUUAAUGAAGAACAGUGUUGUGUUAUGCUUGUGUAUUUAAUAUAUUUUUGUAUUUUGAAAGACUUAAUAGUGAAAAACCAGAGUAUAUACACUGUAUAGUGGUUCUUCAUUUCACUUUUAAAAUAUUGACAAAAGUCAGAAACAGAGCUGCUGUGGGCACAUUAAACUUUCUUAACAUUUUUGUGUAUGAUGAGUUAUAUGGUGGCUCUGGUAUGCACUUACUUUGGAUUUAGUAAAGAUCCUAUAAAAUGAAUUCUUACAUCUGGUGCAAAGCUCAUAAUGUCUCAUAAUUUUGUUAAUCUUCAUCAUUGUUGUCUUAUCUUGUAAAUUUGUACAAUCUUUCUAAAUGCAUGCUAAUUUGUGUUUGCUUCUUUAAAGACUGAGUGUACAAAAUAAAUAAUGUCUCCAUAUUAAUAAUAUAA